AUGGAUCCAGUUCAUUUCUUCAAUGAAUUCCAUCGACUUAAUUUAACAACACGAAUAUCAAAUUAUGGUUACAUCUACUAUGCUGGUCUUUAUUCUUCAAAUUCAUUUUUCAUAGAGAUUUUGGUCUGGUUAGUAUGUGUUGGCGGUGUAUUUUCAAAUGUUCUUCUUUUUCUUGGACAUGUAUGCGCUAUAUUGUAUGGUAGAAGACAUCUAUAUCAAGUGCCUUAUCCAGUAAACUUACAGAAAGUAUAUAAAUAUCCAUUAUACCGUCGAUGUAUACAUCGACUAUAUUCCAUAGUUUGUAAAUGGCCCUUAUCAUCUAUUAUUUCACAAGUUGUUUCCUGUAUACAAUGCUUAUUAUUGUGCGAUAAAUGCAAGAGUAACAAAACGACAACAACAGUAACAAAGGUAGCAAAAACAACGCCUACGGUUACGAAUACUACCUCUCAGAGUACACACAUUCCGCUGCCGUCAGAUAGUAGCAUUAAUCACAUAUUAAGUAGUAAUGAUAAUAAAAAUAACCACAACAAGAAUACUAAUGUAAUGAUUGAUUUGAAGUCUGAAGUACUUUGGCCCGGUGUCACAAUCUUGAAACCUUUAUCUGGUAAAGAUCCGAAUCUAGAAAUGAAUUUAUUAUCAUUUUUUCAAUUGGAUUAUCCUACAUAUGAAUUAUUAUUUUGUAUAUCAGACAAAGACGAUCCAGCUUGUGAAAUUGUCGAAAAAUUGAUAACACAGUAUCCACAUAUUGAUGCACAACUCAUUUUAGCUAAAGAUAUGUUUGGUAUCAAUCCAAAGAUUAUUAAUUUACAAGCUGGUUAUGAAGCUUCAAAGUAUUCAUUACUGUUGAUAUCCGAUUCAGGUUUAUGGAUGCGUUCAGAUACGCUGACCGAUAUGGUAUCGUCAUUAGAAGUGGAUCCAAAAUUGGUCUAG